UCCUCGCUUCUCUAAAUUGCACUUCUCGCCUUCAAUAAAUCCCUUUCUCUCUUUCCUCGAUCGGAGCUCAUUGCUGUGGGAUCUCAUUGUCGUCAAAGCUCAUCAGUGACGGCAAAACGCUAGAUGUUGUUGUGCACGCUUCUUUUCUCCAAAUCAACCUAGAGUUCGCUAUCAAGACAGGGGCCUAGGGUUCGGCGUGCCUCACUACCAGCCUCAACCAAUUUCAAUUCAUUUGAGACAUUUAGCUAAUCCUAACUCUAAAACCAGAGACUAUGUCUUGAAGCAGAAAACAAAAAUUGUCGAAGAAAAGGGAAAGAUCGAAGGAGCAAACCGAAGAGAAAUCACUAGAUGAACCCAAGGUCGUGGGAUAGCAAGAUUGAAAAGUGAUAUUGUCAGGAUGUUUUCAGACAGGGCUUAUGAGGAAAACACUUAUAUUCUUCCAACUCAAUGUGAGGAGUCACUUUGUGGUAGGAGCUGUCACAUUUUUUAUGGCUUUGGUGCAAUAAAUUACUAACUCUUUAGUUUUUUGUUUCUUGUAAAGUAUUUUAGUUUCAAACUCGAGGGGGGCAUGGUGGUGGUGAAUCCAGACAUCAUGAUGGGUCCUGUUAUCUCCCCAACUCUUAAUGCUAACAUUAGUACUAUUAACACUCCAAGGUAGUAUUCUUGGCAGACUAAUGCUGCAGUUUCUAUUCAAGUGAGUUUUCCUCUGUACUACUUGUUAACCCAAUUUCUAUUCAACUCUUUUUUCUAUAAUUUAAUUUUCAUGCAAGUCAAUUUUGUUGCUCUUCUCAACAUGCUACCUGAUUGUAACGUGAUCCAAUUUGGUUUAUCUAAUAUUUAAAGGGCUUUUUGGCCUGUACCUCAUGUAUUUGAAGUUUUUGGUCAAUUAAGUGUAUGUUAUGUUGCCUAGUAGGAGAAUUAGUAGAAACUGAUUAGAUCAUUGUUAUGUUACUCUAUUUUGGGUGUCGAGGUUUUGUUUAAUCAUGUAAGCUGGAGGAUUUCCUGAUCUUAGACUCUAGAAUGAAUUUUUUCAAAUUGUUUCAGGCUGUGCUGAUCCAUAUGAGAAAUUUUUCUUGGGAUCUAUUCAUUUCAAGCAUAUUGCGUUGCCACAUCUUCUGGUGUACGAGAAUAAAUCAGCUAGCGGAAGGCACUUGAGUGUUGAAGCUAUUACUCAUUAUGGUGAUGGACUAGAAUUCUUAGUGACCAUAGAAGAUGCUAUUAUGCUUGGACUAGAAUUUUUAGUUAAAGUUUCUUGUAAUAGGUAAUUAGAUAAACCUUUCAAAAUUGUAUUUUUCAGCUAAAUAAACCCCUCAUAUAUGUGUUUUGUAUUAUCUUUUUAGUUAAUAUAAGUUUAAUAAGCAU